CUGGCGGUACAGCUCCUGAGUCCAGGAGCCGGAGGGGAAAUGGGGGCACCCAGAAGAGCCCGCAAGAGAGCGGAAGGUGGUGCUAGCUCCAAUGUCUUCUCCAUGUUUGAUCAGUCCCAGAUCCAGGAGUUUAAAGAGGCCUUCACCAUCAUGGACCAGAACCGGGACGGCUUCAUCGACAAGGAGGACCUGAGGGACACCUUUGCCGCCUUGGGCCGCAUCAAUGUGAAGAACGAGGAGCUGGAAGCCAUGGUGAAGGAGGCGCCUGGACCCAUCAACUUCACGGUCUUCCUGACCAUGUUUGGGGAGAAGCUGAAGGGUACGGACCCCGAGGAGACCAUACUCCAUGCCUUCAAGGUGUUUGACACUGAAGGGAAAGGUUUCGUUAAGGCUGAUUUCAUCAAAGAGAAGCUCAUGACCCAGGCCGACCGGUUCAGUGAGGACGAGGUCAAGCAGAUGUUUGCGGCUUUCCCGCCAGAUGUGUGCGGUAAUCUGGACUACCAGAACCUGUGUUACGUCAUCACGCAUGGAGAGGAGAAGGACUAGCAGGCCAGGGACCCCCCCACCAACAUUCGGAGGUAGCAAACUCCUGUGGUGUUUUGGGGGUGACCCCUG